ACAAAAAUCAAGAAGCUUCAUAAGGAUAAUUAGUCUAACCUUGUCACCGACUGACCGUCAUAAAAGCAUUUGUGUCCUCCUCCCCAAUGCAGCACUGACACUUCAAAGAAACUUUGGAGAGAACACGGGUUUAAUAUUUCAUUCGAGCAGAGAACUCAACAACGCAUAACCACAGAAGUCAGCCAGAUCAUCGGAUAAGGCAAACGAACAAUGAGUUACCAACAUAUCCAUGUUCAACAUGAGCAUCAUCCCCCACCAGGGUACCCACAAGAGUAUCCUCAGCCGCCGGACUUUCCACCUCCACCGCCACGGCCAGGGUUCCCAAAUCCAUCUCCUCCGCCACAGGAAUAUGGAUAUCAGGGUUACUUCUAUGAAGGGUACCAACCCCCACCAUCAGCUGCCCCACCUCCCCUCCACCCAUACGACCACUACCACCAAGAUGACUAUGCCUGCGAUUCUCUCUUUAGAAGCUGUUUGGCUGCACUUUGCUGCUGCUGCUUGUUGGAGCGCUGCUGCUUCUAGAUAUGCAUAGUAAUAGCAUGCUCUGCUGCUGCCAUUGUAUUCUUGGUUUCUGUUUUGCUCUUGAUUUCUUACAAGCCUCCAAGACUAAAAUUCAAUCAGUCUGUAUGUCGUUAAACGCAGCUUGUGUUAUUCUCAAUAAAUUAAACUGAGAAGCAAGUAGAUACAAUUUUAUGGCUUUUAUGUCAA